AUGAAUAUGGUGGUGAUGUUUCAGGGACCUAACGUCUCCAUGGCCGUCCCAAACCUCCAUAACAAUUCCAUCAGAGCUCUCUGCAAUGCCAACACCUCCGAGUUUUUCAACCCUGUAAGAGACGUUUCCAUCCCCGAAAUCUACCUUCCUGCCGGAACAACCGAGGGAAUGCUCGGCGGCCCGCCGCCAUCUCACCGCUCAAUACUAGUAUUCUUCUCCGGAGGGGUCUACGGCCCCGUCCGGCCGGCCCUCAUACAACACUGGGGAGGAAACCAAGACCCAGACGUCCGAAUCAACAGCUAUCUCCCGGAAGGCGAAUCCUACUACGAGUUGAUGAGAAAAUCCAAGUACUGCAUCUGCCCGAGCGGCUACGAGAUCGCCAGCCCGAGAAUGGUGGAGGCUCUGUACAUGGGAUGCGUUCCGGUGCUGAUCAAGAAGAGCUACGUGCCGCCGUUCAGCGACGUUUUGAACUGGAAGGCGUUCUCGGUGGUGGUUUCGCCAGAGGAUAUUCCGGAGCUGAAGAAGAUCCUGGCGGGGAUUCCGGAGAGGGAGUAUAUGGAGAUGCACAGGAGAGGGCAGCAGGUGAGGAGGCAUUUCGAGAUCGGUUCACCGGCGAAGAGGUACGAUGCUUUCCACAUGAUUCUUCAUUCUGUCUGGAUGAGGAGGCUCAACAUUCGAGUUCGUGAGAACUGAGAAGAAGGAAGAUGAAUGAUGCUCAGUGCAGAUUGUUUCUAAUGCCGGAAUUGCAUUUCACUGCCCAUUUUUAAC